UUGAUAUAUACAAUAAUUUUUGUCAUUAUAGGUAAAUUAAUAUUAGGUGUGUGCUGUUGUAUAGUAAAAAGUUUUGUAUACUGUGUCUCAGUUCUGCCAACUGCAGCACAUACCUAACCAGUGGCUGUCUGUCCAUUGAUAUGAUGUGCAACUAAGUGAUAGUCAAAGGUGUGACACUACUACUACUACUACUACUACUACUACAAUAAUAAUAAUAAUAGUAACAACAACAACAAAUACUACUACUAAUUAUGAGGACGAUAAUAAUAACAUAAAUUUUAAUUAAUUAUUAAAAAAAUUAACAUUUUUAAAAAUAAAUAUUAUCAACUUAUAUUAUAUAAGAUUUUCCCCCAAUAAACUUAUUAAAAGGAUCAUUUUUUAUAAACGCUCAAAAUAAAACUCAUCAAAACAUUAUCAUAACAUAACAUCAUAUUUCAUAUAAGUGAUCAUCAUUUUGCUAAAAAAAACUGUUUUAUUUAAAUCAUGAAUUUAUUAACCGGCAAACUAUUACUACUACUACUGUGCACGUGUACGGUAUUCAUAGUCAACGAUGUCGACUGUAUAUCUGUCCAUUUGGACCGGUAUCGUAUGAUUAUCGGUGACCGAUGUUUCAAUGAGACCUAUGCGGGCAAACCGUGGACAUUGGGUCAACAGUAUCCGGUAGGCAUGUCCAUCGACAAUGUUAUAUCAUUGAUUGAAAAAGUCGAGUCCCGUAGACCCGAUCUAAUGGCCAAACAAGUUGUCAUUAUGUUGCUUAAAAGGUUUCAUAUCGAUGGUCUGCAUCUAACCGGUAACAACAACCAGCAAUCACAGGUCGAGAUGAAACACCGGCGCAUUACCGAAGAAAUUAUCGAAUGGGGCGGUGUUUCGGCUGCAGAUGCGCCAGAAUUUCCCGAAGAGGUGCUCACCGAAGACGAAAAGUGUGCCCUAUUUUUUGCGCUCAGCCAUACCGUCAACGAAACGGCCGGUCAUGACGACGACAUUCAACACGUCUAUCAUCGUACUGUACAUUUGUCGCGAGCACCGGCCAAACUGGACGCCAAUAAGACACUAUCGGCCGGCAAAAAGGUAAUGUCAGGUCCGGUACAGUCAGAGUUUUUGCCUAAGAUCGGAGCAGCGGUGGCCAACAAAACGGCUAAAACUGUGAAAUCAGUGGCUGCGGCGAAUGUGGCCGUCGAGUCCAGACAAAUGGCAUCAAAAGAGAAACAGACGGCCGUUGUCGACGAAGAAGAAGAGGAAGAAGAGGAUGACGAGGAAGUGCCACAAAAACCGCAAAAAACACAACAACAACCGCAACGCGGUAAACGUAUCAGACGUCAGGCAUCUGUAUCGGCCACCCGGCCCGUAGCGUCGGCAGCUGCCGGAUCGGCCUCCAUAACUGUUCAAAGACCAUCGGGCUCGGCGUCAGGAUCUGGUUCGUCGGCAUCGGGAUCGCAGCCAUCAAAAGGAAAACCAAUAACACACGGAAAGCCUGUAUCUUCUGUACCAAUAUCAAACAUAAGUCCACCCACUGUUCGACUGACCAGAAGACCACGUGAGAGGGGUGUCGUCAGCUUUCUUAACGACCGUACGACUGCCAUAGCCGCCAAUCGUGUCCUAUUGGGUGCAGCAGUAGGUCUCCUUCAGCCGCCGGCCCGAGCGGUACGCGAUCUCAUCAAAAAGAUAUCAAACAUCGACACUACCUAUAUUCCCGACGGACAAGUCGAUCCGCUAAUGGCCGUAACACUGUCCGACCUGUUGGGCAUCGAUGCCGGUUCGGGACUGACUAUACCGCGCGGUGACGUACUGUUCGGAGCUGAGGGCGAGUGGAAUUCGACGGCGUGUCAGACAAGUUACAGACUGAAAAGUAACGGCACUUUGGCCACACUGGCCGAACUUCGCGGUGGUCUCGACGGCUAUAACAUUGGACGCCGUCUACCGACACUAUUGAACCAAUAUCCGACUAUGUCGUUGAGUCAAAUCUUGCGCCAGUAUUACUCCAGCAAAGGUCUGGCCUCUGAUUCGGGUGUCUGUAAUCGGGGCUAUGGUUUGAGUACCGAACUGAACAACAAGGUUAGCCGCGAAGCGGAAAACUAUAUACGCCUGUGGAACGGUGUAUUCUACGAGGGCACCUUCCAGGACAACCAGCUGACCGGUUUUGUACAGGAAACCUGGCAAUCGUUUCAACGGUUUCUCAAUAAAGCCGGCAACGAUAAGAGCUCAGAUGAACGUACGUUUUGUAUGCAAGGUCUGACCGGUUCGGACAUCAAAACGGCACCACUCGAGACGUCGGCCGACGUGUUAUUCAUGUUAGACAAUAUGGGCGCUCGGGGACAGGCAUUUGACGAGGAACUGGAGCUCAUUACUCGUGUAUCCCGAUCGUUAUAUCUUAGCCGAACCGGCGGUUCAAUAAGCGUUUUAGUCAACUCUCAGGGAGUAAACAAUUUGCCAAAUAUUGUCGACGACAACAAUCAACAGUUGAACACACCGUUGUACGCACUGGCCUACAAUACUACCUCAUCCCAGUGCGCCACGUGUAGGGCCGCCUGGUUUGAAAACAAUCAAAUGGGAAUUACCGAUCGGGCACUGCUCAUGGAGCUUAUCAACCGUACACUAACCGAUUUUGAUCGGCCGACCGAAACGUUGGCGGCCAUACCGUCCAAAAGUUUUGUUUGGUUUGACUUUGGAAACAUGAAACCGGCGCCGACAGACAGGGAACAGAAACGCAAAUACGAUGACUUCAAGUGGCGAUUGCGGUACGAAAAUCGGGACACAAAUAUUUUUAUGGCCACUUUGAACAAUGAAGACAUUAAAGAUCUGUUGGCCAGAGACAGCAAUUGGAUUCAAAUGGGAACCGGUAAUGUCGAACGCAAUGCCGAAACUCUGGCCAAAUAUGUCCAGCAAACGCCUCAAGUGUUUCAGUACAGCGACUGUUGGACUCGUAAAUCGGAUAACUAUGCCUACGAUGGCUAUCUGACCCCCGGCUACAAACAGUAUUGGGCUAUGUAUCCGGAAUACUUCAUCAAAAGUUAUACCAUUGAUAUGAAGUUCAAAGCAGAAAAUGCCAAAAUCAAGGUAUGUCUCGACCGAUACCCGAACGCCGAAAACGAUACAAAUCGGUGUUCAGAGGCCACAGAAGACGGCGGUGAGGUUACGUUCACCCGACGCAACCCAUGUCAGGGAAAGACGUUUGCCUCGUGUCCAGCCCUGCACUUUACCAUCGGAUUGACCACAACGUCGUCGAGUGCGUCGCAGGCCAACAAUCAAUGCACAGAUGUGAGAUGUCGUUCACCGGAUCAAAUCAAAUGGACGUUCACACACACAGGUGUGUCGUGUAAUCCGGCGUCCAGUUUGUUACCCAACUGGUCGUAUCAAUUGAUAGCAUUGAUUGUCGCUUUAGUCGUAAUCAACAAUAAUAUUAAAAUCAAUUGAAUAAAAAAUAUAUUUUAAUUCAAUUAAACAAAAAUUAUUAAAAUUUAUUAGAAAUAUAAUAUUAUAAUAAACAUUCAUUUUA